UGCCGCACGACCAGAAGGCAUGAAGACUGAUAACCAACGUUACACGGGAUACAUCGCUGGUGGAUAUACGGAAGAGGAGGACGCUGUCUUCUAUGCUGGACUCUGGUCACAAUGGUUGAGCGUCAGACCUACAUGAAGCUCAGUGAAGAAAAACUGAUACCAAAGUCGCACAUAUUGUCACUGCUUAGGACCUACAACUGUUACCAUGAAGGAAAGAAUUUCCAGCUGCGGACCCGCGAGGAAGAUGGAGAGCUCAUCCUGGAGGGGUUGCUGAACAUCUACUGGGGUCUGCGCCGACCAAUCAGACUUCAGAUGUACGACGACAAUGAAAGAUUUCGUCUCAACCGAAACGAUAGAUCUGCUGGGGCAAAGCAGCUCUCAGAAGAGUCUAACAACAACUCACUGGGUACAGAACCUGAGCCAGCAGGUGGAGACACGUGUGGUCCGGAUGAGGAGGAUUCUCCUCAGCUGCUGAGGACCAGGAGCGAUGCUUCCUUCAUGCGGGUUCAGAGGAGGUCAAGGACACACACUGCCAGAGAUUUGCAACGCUUGCGCACACACAGAUUCUCAAUCAACGGACACUUCUACAACCACAAGACAUCUGUAUUUACUCCGGCCUUCGGUUCUGUUACUAACGUACGAGUGAACAGCUCCAUGACGACUGAACAAGUCCUCAACUUGCUGCUACACAAGUUUAGGGUGGAGAAUAAAUCUGAAGAGUUUGUACUUUAUUUGGUGCACGAGUCUGGUGAAAAGACCCGACUGAGGGAAGGCGAAUACCCGCUGGUGACUCGUGUGCUUUAUGGACCCUGUGAGAAAAUCUCCAAGAUCUUGAUCACAGAGGCCGACCUGGGAGAGGAAGUCACAUAUGAUGUGGCCCAAUAUAUUAAAUUUGAGAUUCCUGUUUUAGACAGCUUUGUCGUGAAACUUAAAGAGGAAGAGGAACGUGAGAUAAACAAGCUGACCAGAAAAUACAGCUCUCUGAAGUCUAUGAUCCAACUUCAGCUCGAAGGCAGAGCCAGUGACAUCAUAUGAGUUUCUGUGUGUGUGUGUGUGUGUGUGUGUGUGUGUGUGUGUGUGUGUGUGUGUGUGUGUGUGUGUGUGUGUGUGUGUGUGUGUGUGUGUGUGUGUGUGUGUGUGUGUGUGUGUGUGUGUGUGUGUGUGUGUGUGUGUGUGUGUGUGUGUGUGUGUGUGUGUGUGUGUUGAUACUUAUGAUGGUUGAAUUCCUAUGGGGAUAUGUGCUAAUACUGUAGUGACUGUAGGUAAGAGGGUAAAAGUAAAGGCUGCAAUAGAACCAUAUCAUACACCAACGCGCUUCUACUUUUAGAAAUACAUAUUUCAACAGUUUGUACGAUCUGUUAAUGUUUUUGCUGCAAAGUGUAUCACUGCUUUAUAUUUUCUGACUUAAAUUAUUUUGUAUGAAAAUUCUAACUGCAAGUUUGGAUAUUUAUACCACCUGUUUUUGGUAAGGUUUUCCUCUGACUUUUCUAUGUAAUAAAUCAGUUUUUAGUUUUG